AUGACCAAGAUCGACGCCCUCCGUCGACUCCUCCUCCCCUGUUUCUCUCCUUCCACUAACACCACCGCCACCAACCUCACCACCAAGAAACGCCUCAGCGCCUCCCUUCGAGAUGAUCUUCCUAACCCCACAACCAACCAAGAAACCCAGAUUCAAGAUCAAAACCAAGACUCAGCCUCCUCUGAAUCAACCAUCAAACCCAGCAUUAAUUUAGCCCCUUCACGUCCCAGCAAAACCAUGGUCGUCGGUACCAUUUUCGGCAACCGUCGCGGCCAUGUGUGGUUCUGCAUUCAACACGACCGACUCUCCAUUAAACCUCUCCUCCUCCUUGAACUCUCAAUGCCCACCAACCAGCUCGUCAAAGAAAUGCAAUGCGGACUCGUUCGGAUAGCUCUUGAAUGCGACCGAUCCGACUUCAGUUCUUGCCCUCUCCGGUCUAUUCCAGUUUGGACCAUGUACUGCAACGGGAAGAGGGUUGGGUUUGCGCUGAGGAGGAAGGCAAAUGACCAGAACCGUUCGAUGUUAAAGACCAUGAAAUCAAUGACAGUCGGGGCGGGUGUUAUUCCAUCCGGAUUCGAGUCAAUGGGUUCAGAGGAGAUCAUGUAUAUGAGAGCUAAUUAUGAGCACGUGGUGGGUAACGCUGAUUCGGAAUCGUUUCAUUUGAUUAACCCGGACGAGUGCCCUGGUCAAGAACUCAGUGUUUUCUUGAUGAGGUCUGGAUAAUUUAUAAAGCCUUCACAAGAUCAUUUCUUCAAUAUUUUGUAAUUAGUGUCAGAAAAUCAGGGUCUCGUUGUUUAAGGGCGACAUGGGAAAUUCUUUAUCAAGAAUUUUGAUAAUCAGGUGAUCUUGAUAAAGAGAGCUCAUUUAAUUAUAAUUGAUGUAAUUCUCUUGGCUAGCUACUUUGGUAGAAUUGAAAGGUUGAAAAUUUCAUUCAAUUUCUGAAUCGGAAGAUUCUGAAUGAGUUGAAGAUGCUUAUUUUGACUGACCAGAAAUUGAUUUUCUU